GGAGUCCAGUAACUGUGGUAAGCUUCAUGUCUACAUCUUCAUUUAUUCUAAUCUUUUAAAUUACAAACCAAAUCGUUAAAUUAUAGUGACCGAACAAAUAGAUUCAUGGUAAUUUUCUUAGCUAUCUGACUGGCAGCAUCGCCUAAUACUUUGGUACAAAUGAUAUAUCAGUGCUCCCUCAUAUCUGCUACAUGUCCUACGUUGCUUACGAGAUCAAUUUAGAUGUACAAUGAGGAUUACAGAGCUUUAAUUUAUUUGACCUAUUAAAAAAGAGGCUGCAUUUUUUUAUUGCUAUACGACACGGUCCCAUAUUAUCGACAGUUGUCUCUUUGAGAGAUGCGAUCUUGUUCCAAUACGAUUAUAGGUGUCUAAUUUAAUACCAUAUAAUCGAAGACAUAUUAGAAAAAUUUAUGAAACAGAAACCAAAGUACCUACCUAAUUAAAUAUCCACGUUUAUGAAAAUGGUCGAAGGCGAUAAUCAAAUCGAGUAUAAGCUAGAAGACGUUUUGACAGACAAAGACGUAGACUGCAUUAUAAAUAAGUCGUUGAAGAAUGGAUUGGACUGGCAGGUGGUGCACUAUGUGGUAAAGCCAGUGGUGAACGAAUCCACCGGUUUUGUUGGAGAAUAUUUUAAAGUGAAGCUCCAAGUGGAAGCUGACGGAGACAGCGUGACUUUGAAGCUGUUUGUGAAGAGAGUGCCGCGCACGAACCAGCCUAAGGCUGAUUUCAUCAAUGAUAAUCAUUUCUAUAAGAGAGAAGCGCUGGUCUACCAGCUGAUAGAAGAAUUAACGGCUAUUGAAGGUCCUUUAAUAUGGUGCACAAAAGCUCUCGUGCACAACGAGAAUUUGCUGGUGAUGGCCGACCUCCGGUCGCUGGGUUACUCCCCGCGGCCGCAGACUGAGACCCUGGAUCUAGCUCACGCGCUGGUGACGGUCGCCUCGGCCGCGCGCUUCCACGCCGCCAUCGCCAACUAUGAGACCAGGAAAUCCAGCCAACAUUUGGCACCGUGGACAAUAUCUCAGGAAUACUCCAACAUUUUAGGCGAGCCCACCUUCAAAGACACGUUAUGGAUGAGAUGUGCAGUCAAACUCACUGCCAAUCUGCUCAAAACAUUUUCAAACCAACACAACAAUAUAGACAACUUGGAAUCAAAGCUGCAAAAACUGUUUUUACAGGCAUGCGAUGACAUGAAAGAGUAUGAAAACACCUUGAAUGUCUUGAUUCAUAAGGACCUGUGGAUCAACAAUAUCAUGUUUCGGUAUGAGGAUGGUGUGCCAGUGAACGCGCUGCUCAUAGACUACCAGUGUAUUCGAUACGGACCUCCGAGCUUUGACCUGAUGAUAUUUCUCUACUGCUCCACCUCCAGAUCCUUCAGAGAGCAGUAUGAGAAGAAAGUCUUCCAUCAAUAUUUUUCAGUAUUUGUAGAUAAUUUAGAAGAAGCAACUAAGCAGAGGUUGGUUGAACUGAAGUAUGACGAGAAGGAAUUCCUCAGAUGGUGCGAGAGAAGUAGAAUGUUUGGAGCCUUGAUAGCAAUAGGAAUAUUUCCGUACAUAUUGAUGGACCCUACAGCAGCCAAGAAGACGUACGAUGACCCUGAGACUUACGACGAGUACCUGGUGGUGGACCGCACGAAGCCGGUGGUGGCGCACUGCCGACAGAAUGCGGUGUACCGGCAGCGACAACUUGAACUUUGUGAGGAGUUUGUUGAGAGAUACGCGGGGAAAUAAUGCAAACGCUAUAUAAUAAUCCUAUUUAUUAUUAUAGUUUGCUGUGAUAGCUUAGAACGAUACGACCACAAAACACAGAAUAAAUUUUUAAGCGUAUUUGUAAUAUUUGCUUUAUAUUUCAUAAAAUGUUAAAAAUAAAAUACUUAUUGAUUUGUU